AUGUCCCAACCUACAACCACCACUCUUACCCCAUCUUCCUCUUCCUCUUCCUCCUCUUCGUCCUCGCCUUCAGAAAGGAAAAGAAAGAUAUCUUCCGUAACGACCCCACUUGGUCAAGAAUCGAUCGAACAUACCGUUCAAGUAUUGCACCAGAUAUGUGCUCACGAACAUGUGUUUCACGAGUUCUUCGCUGUAUUGGACAGGUUGGAGAAACCGCCCGUGAGAGCGACUGAGGGGUUAUACUAUGACAGGAAGGGGCUGUUCGUCAAUCCUCAGACCGGGACACUAGCCAAGAGGGAAGAUGAUAUGGAGGUAUUGCAGGGGAUGUUGAAGAAGAUUACGAACUAUCAAAGAGUCCUGCCGGAAAACCUUAUCCCAGAAUACUGGCUUGACAAGAUCGAGCAUAAUUUCCUCUCAGCACUAUCUAAUAUCCAAAUCCACCUGCGUUCCGUCCCGGAACUAGAUCAUCAAGCAGGUUUGUUCGCCAAACCCAUUCCACCUAUUCUAUCUCAUACAUCGACGAAGACGAGGAAACGGAAAAUACCAAAUCAUGCUUCUGGUAAACAUAAAGGUGACAUAUCGGUUAGUGGAAUAGAAUUCAUUCUUAUCUCUUUUCCAUCAGAGAUUGAUGAUCCAGUGGACCUGGGAUUUAACGAUCAAUUGAUGUUUGAGGAAUGGCAUGGUGAGAGGGAAAUCACUUGUAUAGGUCUGGGUAUGGCCAGAGUCAUCAACCAUAAAUGUAGUGAAAAUGUGUGUUGGCGAUUCCCAAGGGAUAAAAUGGAUUUCCAUACUGGUUUGCAAGAUGUAGGAUGUCUAAUUGGGUACUUCAAUAGGAAGAAGAAAUUGGUUGUCGGGGAACAGUUAUUUGCGUUUUGUUCCAAGAAUUUCGCUAGAAACGAAUGCCGAUGUCAAAGUCGAGCGUAUCAUCCCCCUGGUCCGGAUCCAUUACUUACACCGCCCUCAUCCACCCGUUCCAAUGUAUCACAAGUUCACACCCCAUCCAUCACUAAUCUUCCUACUCCUACAUCGCUCAGCAGUCAACUCCGAUGCAAAGAAUCAACCAAGGAGGGAACUACCGUCGGCGAUCCUGCCACAAAGAAACUUUAUGCUGACCCAGAUGAUAAUGAAGAUGUGGAUGCUCUAAGAUCUAUCUCAGCGCCGGUUGCAAAACGACCCCGGACUGUAUUUUCGCCAGAAUCAGAUCUUGCAGAUGAAAAUGAAGACGUCUUCGGGCAGAAAAUUUCUAUACCUACGGAAGCAGAGGUAGUCCUCGAACAGCCAACACACAUUGUAUCUCUCGUUGAAGGGUCAGGAAUCAAGGGUAGUAGUUGGGAUAAUCCGAUUGAGGUCGACUUCGAUGAUAAGUUGUCGGAUGGUGGAGCUUCACCGGACGUCAGACCGGAUGAUGGUAUAGUAGGUGAUGGACGCUUGAUAGUCACUGUGGACGACGAAGAAGUUGAAGAUGAGAUUAAGGAUCUGGAUUCAGCAGAAGAGGAAGAAUACGGGGAUGAAUUGAAUGGACUAGAAUCGAUCGACGAAGACGAAUGGCAAAAGAUAGUGAAAAGAAAGCUUCCCAGCUUGGCAACUCAUCGGUCCUCUGAUACAGUUGUAUCGGUAAACCCAAUGGUUAGCAAUAUCGCUAUAGAGGAAGAAGAAGAAAUCCAAAUUGUGAAGAUUGUCACCAAAAAUCCUACUUUGAUUGAAAAUGGUAAUGGGAUUAUGGUGAUAGAGCGAGAUACAGAAGAUGAAUCCACAGAAUCUAUAUUCCGUAAAAUACCUGCUUUUGUCAGGCCUCCUCCUCCUCCGAAUAACUUGACUCAUCUCAAAGUGACAGGAAAAGAGGUCGAGAAGUGUAGACGAGAGAUCAGGAAAGUGAACUAUCAUUGGAAAAGACUCGAGACGGUAGUGAGAGGAUUCAACAAGGAUGAUGAGAGGUAUAAAAGGGAUAACAUGAGAUGGAAAAGGUAA